GGAAAGGGUCAAAGCAACCGAGGAGUGUGCACCGCCACUGCGCCGCAACGCCGCUCAGACACGCACCCUGAGAGCCACUCCGGCGUUACCAUGAAACGGCCCUUAACGGAAACGUGUCGUUGUCUUCCGGGAGUGUGUUGAGACUCCGCUCCCUGCCGGCGAGUCGCUGCUUUCGGUUUCUCUCUCCAUGGAGGUGCCGCUGCAGGACCCUGGGAAGAGGAGGGAUAAUCCCUCAGCCUCAGCUAAUCUCUUCUCCAAGAUCUUCUUCUGCUGGCUUGGUCCUCUGUUCAAAGCGGGCUAUGGGAGGAGACUGGAGGAGGAUGAUAUGUACCAUGUGCUGCCAGAGGACGGCUCGGAGAGACUGGGCGAUGAGCUGCAGCGGUAUUGGGAUGAGGAGGUUCUGCGUGCCAAGGAAGACCUACGGCCUCCAAAACUCACCAAAGCUCUCAUCCAGUGCUACUGGAAGUCCUACAUCUUCAUCGGGGUAUACAUCUUCUUGGAGGAGACCAUUAAGGUGGUGCAGCCCGUCCUGCUGGGGCAGCUCAUCGUGUACUUUGAGAGCUACCCCCACGACGCCUCGGCCUCCCUGCCUGAGGCCUACGGCUACGCCGGCGCUGUGUGCGUCUCCACCGUCUUCCUGGCGCUGCUCCACCACCUCUACUUCUACCACGUCCAGAUGGCCGGCAUGAAGAUCCGCAUCGCCAUGUGUCACAUGAUCUACCGGAAGGCUCUACGUCUCAACAGCAAAGCCUUGGCUAAAACGACUACGGGACAAAUUGUGAACCUUUUAUCCAAUGACGUCAACAAAUUUGAUGAGGUCACCCUGUACCUCCACUUCCUUUGGCUGGGCCCGCUGCAGGCCCUGGCUGUGAUGCUGCUGCUGCUGUUCCUGAUCGGGCCGUCCUGCCUGGCGGGCAUGACCGUCCUGGUGGUGCUGAUCCCAGUGCAGACGGUGUUCGGACGCCUCUUCUCCACCCUCAGGGCCCAAACAGCCGCCCUCGCAGACGACCGCAUCCGCAUGAUGAGCGAGGUGGUCUCGGGGAUCCGCAUCAUCAAGAUGUACGGCUGGGAGAAGCUGUUCACUGAGCUGGUGAACGAGGUUCGGAGGAAGGAGUGUUCCCGCAUCAUGAAGAGCUCCUACCUGCGCGCCCUCAACAUGGCGUCCUUCUUCGUGGCCAACAAGGUCAUCGUCUUCAUCGCGCUCAGUGCCUACGUCCUGGCGGGAAACAAGAUGGCCGCCAGCACGGUGUUCGUGGCGCUCUCGCUCUACGGCGCUGUGCGGCUGACCAUCACCCUCUUCUUCCCCUCGGCCAUCGAGAAGGUGUCGGAAACGCUGAUCAGCGUCCGGAGGAUCAGGAGCUUCCUGCUGCUGGAGGAGGUGGUUCCUCAACCCACUGAUCUUCCAGAGACCGAGUCAAAGGACUGCAUGGUUCAGGUCCAGGACCUGAAGUGCUACUGGGACAAGACGCUGGACUCCCCGACGCUGCAGAAGCUGUCCUUCACGCUGCGGUCAGGGGAGCUGCUGGCAGUGGUCGGACCGGUCGGCGCUGGGAAGUCCUCCCUCCUCGGGGCUAUCUUGGGAGAGCUGAACCAGGAGAGCGGGGUCCUUAAGGUCAAAGGUCGGCUGACCUACGCCUCCCAACAGCCCUGGAUCUUCCCCGGGACGAUCCGGAGCAACAUCCUGUUCGGGAAGGCCCUGAUCCCCCAGAAGUACGAGAGGGUGCUGCAGGCCUGCGCCCUGAAGAAGGACAUGGCCCUCCUGCCUGACGGGGACCUGUCCGUGAUCGGGGACCGGGGAGCCAACCUCAGCGGGGGCCAGAAGGCGCGCAUCAACCUGGCCAGGGCGGUGUACCAGGACGCAGACAUCUACCUGCUGGACGACCCCUUGAGCGCGGUGGACUCCGAGGUGGGCAGACACCUCUUUGAGGAGUGUAUCUGCGGCGUGUUGAAGAAGAAGCCGCGCAUCCUCGUCACCCACCAGCUGCAGUACCUGAAGGCGGCCCACCACAUCCUGGUGCUGAAGGAGGGCAGCAUGGUGGCUCACGGGACGUACAGCGAGCUGCAGGGCUCGGUUGACUUCCUGUCCCUGCUGAAGAGGGGGGAGGACGAGGAGGGGGUGGGGGAGGGGGGCGAGCGGCCCGAGUCCCCCCCCCUCUCGCUGGGCCGCUCCUGCUCGGGCUCCGUGGCCUCCCUGUCCCCGUCGCUGGGGGCCUCGCUCCACUCCCUGACGGAGACCCCUCCGCUCCACGACGAGGAGGCAUCCAAACCGAUGGCGGAGGAGAGUCGUUCGGAGGGAACCAUAGGCCUGCGUCUGUACCUCCAGUACCUAACAGCCGGGGCCCACUGGCUGCUGCUGCUCUCCCUGAUCCCCCUGAACCUCCUGGCCCACACUGCAUAUAUUCUCCAGGACUGGUGGCUUGCUAACUGGGCCUCGGAGCAGGGCCGUGCAGACCGCGGAGCCCACCCCAAUGGAGCCCCCCCCAAUGAAGCCCACCCCAAUGGAGCCCACCCCAAUGGAGCCCCCCCCAAUGGAGCCCCCCCACCACAGCUGGACCUUCACCUCUACCUCGUUGUUUACGCAGGUCUCACGGCGGCGUCGGUGGCGUUGGGCUUCGUGCGGAGCCUGGUGUUCUUCAACGUCCUGGUGCGCUCGGCACAGAGCCUGCACAACGCCAUGUUCACCGCCAUGCUGCGCAGCCCCGUGCGCUUCUUCGACCUCAACCCCAUCGGGAGAAUCCUCAACAGGUUCUCCAAAGACAUCGGCCAGCUGGACUCGCUGCUGCCCUGGACCUUCGUGGACUUCAUCCAGGUGCUGCUCCAGGUGCUCGGAGUGAUCGCGGUGGCGGCGGUGGCCAUCCCCUGGAUCCUCCUCCCCGUCGUGCCUCUGUUCAUCAUCUUCCUGUUCCUGCGCCGCUACUUCCUGCGGACCUCCAGGGACAUCAAGCGCCUCGAGUCGACUACUCGGAGCCCGGUCUUCUCCCACCUGUCCUCGUCGCUCCAGGGCCUGGCCACCAUCCGGGCCUUCAGGGCCCAGCACCGCUUCCAGGAGAUGUUUGACGCGUGUCAGGACCUCCACACAGAGGCCUGGUUCCUGUUCCUGACCACCUCGCGCUGGUUCGCCGUGCGUCUGGACGGGAUCUGCUCCACCUUCAUCGCCGUCACCGCCUUCGGCUGCCUCUACCUCCGGGACGACAUGGAGCCGGGCGCGGUCGGCCUGGUACUGUCCUACGCCCUCACCCUCAUCGGCAUGUUCCAGUGGGGCGUGAGGCAGAGCGCGGAGGUGGAGAACAUGAUGACGUCAGUGGAGCGGGUGGUGGAGUACACACAGCUGGAGAGCGAGGGCGCCUGGGAGACCAACACCCAGCCUCCGCCUGAUUGGCCGGCCAACGGCUCCAUCACGUUCGACCGGGUCAACUUCUCCUACAGCAGCCAAGAGCCUCUGGUGCUGAAGAACCUCAACGUGGUCAUCAGCUCGCGGGAGAAGGUGGGCAUCGUGGGACGGACCGGCGCCGGGAAGAGCUCGCUCAUCUCGGCCCUGUUCCGAUUGGCCGAGCCCGACGGCCGUGUGACCAUCGAUGGGUUCCUGACCUCCGAGCUGGGCCUGCACACGCUGCGGCAGAAGAUGUCCAUUAUCCCACAGGACCCGGUUCUCUUCACCGGGACCGUGAGGACCAAUCUGGACCCUUUCAGCCGCCACACAGACAAGGACCUGUGGAAUGCCCUCCAAGAGGUGCAGAUGAAGGGCGUGGUGGAGGAGCUGCCCUGUAAGCUGGAGACGAUGCUGGCCGAGUCGGGCUCCAACUUCAGCGUGGGUCAGAAGCAGCUGGUGUGUCUCGCCCGCGCCGUCCUGCGGAAGAACCGCAUCCUGGUGAUCGACGAGGCCACGGCCAACGUGGACCCCAGAACCGACAGCCUCAUCCAGGAGACGAUCCGGGAGAAGUUUGACGAUUGCACCGUCCUGACCAUCGCUCACAGGCUCAACACCAUCAUCCACUGUGACAGGAUACUAGUCCUGGAAGCCGGCAGGAUCCGGGAGUUUGACGAGCCCCACGUGCUGCUGCAGGACCGCCACGGCGUGCUCUACCAGAUGGUGGAGCAGACCGGGCCCGUGGAGGCCGCCUCCCUGCACCACACCGCCUCACAGGUUUACAUGAACAAAAGCCGUCCCUGUCUGUCUGAGAGACUGAGGGACGGUGAGGAGCAGGCUGCCAGGGGGACCAGAGUCAGCUACGAGACAUCUCUCUGACAGCGGGGUGAGGGCUGUGGGGCUGUGGCCCCCGUGCUGCUGCUGCUGUUGCUGCUGCUGCUGGGACUUUGCAUUCAAUCAGUGGGGACCGGUCUGUCCGUCCUGUUGUUAGGAACACGGAGCCACACGUUGUGUAGCCGUAAGCAGAAGAGAGACAGGGUCUCCCCGUGCUGGUUUCACAGUCGUCGGCAGUAUAUGACUUAUUACGGCUAUUUAUUGAUUCUAAUCGACUGUUUAUGUGUGUGUGCUAUUCUCUCGGGUGGCGUCAAUCCUUCAAGGACACUGGAAAGGGGUUGAUGCAUUCUGUGUGUGUGCGUUUAGAGAGUGUGUGUGUGUGUGUGUGUGUGUGUGUGUGUGAGUGUGUGUGUGUGUCUGCAUGUUUUUAGAGAGUGUGUGUGUGUU